CCCCCUGCUGAUGAAGAGUGGACCACAGGGAUUUUUGGUUGCACAGAAGACAUUGAUAGUUGUGAGUGUUGUGCCCACUACUUUAUAUAUCAAAAAAAUGCUUCUUUGUGUCAUCACAUUUAAAUAGCAUGUUCUUCAGCGCAGACAAUAUUAUCCACCCGGCCUUCAACUUGUUUUAUCAAUUUGUAGGCUUGAUUGGAUUGUUUUGUCCAUGUGUAUUGUUCGGGCGAAAUGUCGAGAGCUUGAACGAAGAAAUAUCCCAAGCAGGAGCAUGUGGUGGCCAUAUCAUUUGUGUUGAAGGGGGCAUCAUGCUGGCUGUUGCAACAGCAGCAAUGCAUGGCAUUGAUCCUGAUACCAUGUGUCUCAUUACUGAGGGUCUACUCUUUACAUGGUGGGUCUGUGGCAUCUAUACCGGCAUGGCCAGGCAAGCAUUGCAGAGAAAGUACCAUUUGAAGGUGAUCCAACUUUUUAUUAAUGAAAUAAUGAACUACACAUCCAUAACCUUGAUUCAAUCUUGAAGUGUUUAAUAUAAUUCUUUCUUCCUCAAAUUAAGUAUAACUGUAUAUAUGUAUUAUUACAAACACUUUUCUCAGCUGAUUUGUGAGCUAUGUCUUGCCAUGGUUUCUCCUAGGAUGCACCGUGUGAUCCAUGCUUGGUGCAUUGCUGCUUACAUUGGUGUGCCGUCUGCCAGGAGUAUAGAGAGAUGAGGAAUCACUUGGCUGAAAACGCUUCAUCUGUAACGAUUGUAGAGCCACCACCAGUACAACGGAUGAACACUGACAUGAAACAAGAAGCACAAGUUUCAUCUGGCAAAGAAAUCGUUCCACUGAGUUGCAUUGUGGAGAUGCAGCCACCAUCAUCGUAGAUUCAUAUAUAUAGAAAUUCAUUCCUUCUUGAGUUUCUUAACGUCAAAGUGGAAGCUUUGUCUUCUUCUCGAUUACUGGAAAUUAGAGAGAACUUGUAAUCCUACUUGGCUUUGUUCAUGGAACUUUUUCUGCCAUGUAUGUAAUUGGAAUAUUUC